UUUCCAGAGUACAGCAGUCUAUCUACCACUCUCGGCACAUCAAGACUGAAAAUUCAAGGGCUUCAUGAGACAGAAAUUUAACCGUCUUGGCUUUCAACGCAAUUAGAGUGAGUACUACUCUUCCGGCCUCCUAGGCCCGGUAUAGAGCUGCAAGAAUGAAGCGUGCCUACACUGCAGCACUUACUGGCCAAGGAGGGGAAGGCAAGCAUAAAUAUGAAGAACUCUUGUCAUUGGCCGAGGAGGCCGAUCGUGGUUCUCGAGCACCGGAGAGAACAUCAAUGGAGAAAGACACAGUGAAGUUGUCGCUUGUCGAGGUUGAGGGUCACCCGAAGAAUUUCAGCAAAAGACAAAAAUGUCGUUGGCACAUUUUGGUUGCGGGCAUUAUCGGGACUCUACUCCUUUUAUACUGGACUGUUGUUCCCUAUGGUCCCCCUGCUCCUCUAUCAUGUGAUACCUGGCAACAUGGGUUCAUGUGCCAGCCCGAGAUCUCUCAGUUUUGGGGCCAGUACUCCCCCUACUUCACGGUUCCAUCAGAGAUUCCUACGGAAGUACCAGAUCAGUGCCAAAUCAGCUUCGUACAAAUCCUCUCCAGGCACGGUGCUCGAGAUCCCACUGCAUCAAAGACUAAGCGGUACAAUGCAACAGUCCAGAAAAUCCAUGCCAAUGCGACAUCUUAUUCGAAAGACUACGCUUUCAUCAAAGACUACGAAUACACUCUGGGAGCAGAUCUCCUCUCUGUGUUCGGCGAGCAGCAAAUGGUAAACUCGGGUAAAAAGUUCUAUUACCGAUACCAGGACCUCGCUCGACACGUUACGCCCUUCAUUCGUUCAUCCGGCCAAGACCGCGUUGUUGAAUCGGCACAGAAUUGGACGCAAGGCUUUCAUGAUGCACGUUUAGUCGACUUACCCUCUGCUCAUGAUGGCUACCCCUACUCUAUUCUGGUAAUCAGCGAGGAUGCUGGACAAAACAAUACCUUGGACCAUGGUCUCUGUACCGUAUUUGAGAACUCCACGGUUGGGGAUAGUGCGCAGAAGGAAUGGGUGGAUGCAUUCAUCCCACCGAUCACUACACGUCUGAAUAUGAAUCUGCCCGGUGCAAACCUGACAGAUGAGGAUACCAUUCACGUUAUGGACCUAUGUCCUUUCAAUACGGUGGCCUCGCCAAUCGGGACACUGUCCCCCUUCUGUAACCUAUUUACAGAGCAGGAAUGGCGGAGCUACGAUUAUUAUCAAUCUCUGGGCAAAUACUAUGGCUACAGUUGGGGAAAUCCUUUAGGCGCAACACAAGGCGUGGGGUUCACAAACGAACUCAUUGCUCGAUUGACAGCUACUCCAGUUGAUGACCACACGAGCACUAACCACACGCUGGAUGAUUCGGAGGAGACUUUUCCGAUUGGAGCCGAGACCGCCCUGUAUGCGGAUUUUAGCCACGAUAAUGACCUCACGGGCAUCUUCUCAGCGAUGGGCCUAUAUAAUGAGACGCAGCCGUUGUUGAAUACGACGUUGGAGGAUGUCCAGGAGAUGAAGGGAUAUUCGGCCUCUUGGACAGUGCCUUUUGCGGCGAGGGCAUAUUUUGAGAAGAUGACUUGUGUGGGAGAACCAGAAGAGUAUGUCAGGGUCUUGGUUAAUGAUAGGGUGUUGCCGCUAAAGACUUGUGGCGGUGAUGAGUUUGGGAGGUGUACGCUGACUGCAUUUCUGGAGAGUCUGAGCUUUGCGAAAGCCGGAGGCCAUUGGGAGGAAUGCUCUGUAUAAAAUAGCUAGAAAGCUCUCUUGCCCUUUGAAAUAGAGACCUUGAUUCGGUUGUGAUCAAUUUCAAUCACUGGAAUAGAUUUCAGUCAAUAGAAUUCAUCUC